CCGGCGCUGGCCGGCGGAGAGCGAGUGUCCGCUGGUCCCGGGGAGCUGUGGGCGCCGGCUCUGCUCGCCCCAUGCCGCGUCUGUGAGGCCGGCCGCCGGCCGACGACUCCCGGAGAUGGAGCACAUCCGGACGACCAAGGUUGAGCAAGUAAAAUUACUUGACCGGUUCAGUACCAACAACAAGUCGUUGACAGGAACGCUCUAUCUCACGGCCACACAUCUGUUGUUUAUAGACUCUCACCAAAAAGAGACUUGGAUAUUGCACCACCACAUUGCCUCAGUAGAGAAACUUGCCUUGACUACUUCUGGAUGCCCACUUGUCAUUCAGUGCAAGAACUUCAGGAUUGUGCAUUUCAUUGUUCCCAGAGAACGAGAUUGCCAUGAUAUUUACAACUCCUUACUGCAGCUGUCAAAACUAGCAAAAUACGAAGAUCUUUAUGCAUUCUCUUACAAUCCUAAACAAAAUGACUCAGAACGACUACACGGUUGGCACCUCAUUGACCUUGCUGAGGAAUAUAAGAGAAUGGGAGUGCCAAAUUCCAAUUGGCAGUUGUCUGAUGCCAACCGAGAAUACAAGAUUUGUGAAACUUAUCCUAGAGAACUUUAUGUUCCCCGGAUAGCAAGCAAACCAAUAAUUGUUGGUAGUUCCAAGUUCCGGAGCAAGGGAAGAUUCCCAGUUCUUUCUUACUAUCAUCAGGACAAGGAGGCUGCCAUUUGUCGAUGCAGUCAGCCGUUGUCCGGAUUCAGUGCCAGGUGUCUGGAGGAUGAACAUUUGCUUCAAGCCAUCAGCAAAGCCAACCCGGCCAAUCGCUAUAUGUACGUCAUGGACACCAGGCCCAAACACCGCAUGCAGAGCUGGUGGGAUACACAAAAGGACAUUGGCAAAGUAAUAGUGAGGAUUUCUUCAAUAAUCUGGAAUGAUGAGGAGAUAAAAGAAAGCGAUGAGGAAAAGCGACUCAAUGCCAUGGCCAACAGAGCAGCUGGAAAAGGUUAUGAAAACGAAGACAACUAUUCUAACAUUAGAUUUCAGUUUGUUGGAAUUGAGAAUAUUCAUGUCAUGAGGUCCAGUCUUCAGAAAUUAUUGGAAGUGAACGGUACCAAAGGGCUUUGUGUCAAUGAUUUCUACUCUGGUUUGGAGAGCUCAGGCUGGCUUCGUCACAUCAAAGCUGUUAUGGAUGCUGCGAUCUUCUUAGCCAAAGCGAUCGUGGUUGAAAAUGCCAGUGUGUUGGUGCACUGUUCUGAUGGCUGGGAUAGGACUUCCCAGGUGUGCUCCCUUGGCUCUCUUCUGCUGGACCCCUUCUACCGCACAGCCACAGGCUUCAUGGUUUUAAUUGAAAAAGAUUGGAUUUCUUUUGGACAUAAAUUUUCAGAGAGGUGUGGCCAUUUGGAUGGUGACCCAAAGGAAGUCUCACCAGUGUUUACUCAGUUCUUGGAAUGUGUAUGGCAUUUGACUGAACAGUUUCCACAAGCCUUUGAAUUCAAUGAAGCAUUUCUUCUUCAGAUCCAUGAACAUAUUUACUCAUGCCAAUUUGGAAACUUCCUUGGAAAUUGUCAGAAGGAAAGAGAAGAACUCAAGCUGAAGGAGAAGACGUACUCCUUAUGGCCGUUUCUUUUGGAUGACCUGAAGAAGUACUUAAAUCCUGUCUACAGUCCUGAAAGAUUCACAGUUUUGGAGCCAAAUACAGUAUCAUUCAAUUUUAAGUUUUGGAGAAACAUGUACCACCAGUUUGAUCGAACGUUGCAUCCUAGGCAGUCUGUGUUGAAUAGAAUUAUGAAUAUGAAUGAGCAAAAUAAGCAGUUAGAGCAAGAUGUUAAAGACCUAGAAUCUAAAAUUAAACAAUGCAAAAACCAAGAGACAGAUGGCGUGCUCGCCAAGGAACUGUUGCGUUCAGUUCAUCCUGAGUCACCUGCUCUGAAGGCCUCCCUGUGUUUGAAAGAGCAGAGUCUGCUGCCGGGGAACGAUGCUCUGCGAACUAUAGAGGGCAGCAGCCCUGCGGACAAUCGGUACAGUGACUAUGCCGAGGAGUUCAGCAAGGCGGAGCCUGCUGUGGUGAGCCUGGAGUAUGGCGUGGCCAGAAUGACCUGCUAGGCUCACACAGGAUUCUCGGGACUGCCCUCGUUCAAGAAUUGGAUUGUUGUGAGGAUGGUCUGUGUGUAUGGCCAAAAGGGACCUGUUGAAUAAUGAUCUUAGAGCUCACCAGUGGGUGAAUUAUUGAAGACAGGACAACUGCCCUUGUGAGAAAAAUAAGUCCCUUUAGUAUUGUAGCAAAGGAUGACAUUUGGUUCUGUAAAAAAUGAGUGGUGUUUGGUGGAUUUCCUGAAAAUGCAGUUUGCACUGUAUACUAAGGAGUUAUUACUAUAUAAUUUGAGUUUGCCUUCCCUAAGUAUAAUUUAGCUACAGUGAAAUAAAACUUUACAAAAUCGUCCCUUAAUAAUUGACAUAGCAUGUACUUUCAAUUAUGUAACUGUAACUGAAUAUUUACUUCUUUUGCCUUUUAGUGAUGUUUAAUGUUGAAGUGCCAUGAAACAUUUCUGAGAAAGCCUUAAAACAAACUCUGAGUUUAUUCUUUACCAUUGAGUUUUCUGUAGGCCGGCAGAGGAUUCUGGGGUGUUGAUUUUCCGUUGGCCAGCUUUGCAGAGCAUUGCACUGUCAUUAGUGCAGGGGUUGCAUGCUUCAGUAUCCGUGUACAGCAGUUGCUGAGGCACACUGUCAGGUCAUAGUUAGCUGGCCCCACUUACAUGUUCAGAAUUAGUGAAACUGAACAUUUUAUUUUGUUAUCAUUUGUUUAGUGAUACAUUUGAAUGCCAGCUUGAACAUGUACUGCACGUUCGACUCUUUUUUUUUUUGUAUGGAUUACUGGAUUCUGUUGAUUCUUGUGGUUGGCUUUGUUUCUUUAACAACUCUAAGUUAACGUGCUAAGGCUCCAAAACUUUGAAAGCAAUGAAUAUGUUUUCAUAUAUAUAAUAUAUAUGUAAUAUAUAUUUAUAUAUAUGUAUAUAUUAAACUGCCUUAUCUCAGAGCAUUGAUAUUCUUACUCUCUUGACUUUCAGUUUACCUAGAAACUUUUGGGUACAAUGAAAAGGGAAGUACUGAUUUUGCUUGGAUGCGUGAAUUUUAAAGCAGUCAUUUCUGUAUGGAACAUUUUUUUUUUCCUUCUCUGUUAAAUAUAGAAGGGGAAAAAAAAGAAAAUUAAGGAGGGUGCAGUACAUAGUUAAUGUGUAACAAAAGCAACUUAAGCUUCAGGAAGGGUUUCACUUUGUUUGAAUAAAUAUAUCUUUAAAUUACAAAAAAAAAAAAACACUUGUAAUUUACAGUACCACCCAGCUGGCUUUAAAGCUGAAAAUAAUGGAGUAACCUGGUUGGCCUGGGAGGAGUAGGAAGUCUGCGUAGGAGCCCUCGUGCUGUUCUUUAUUAUACCCUGUGCCUGUUAUAUUAAUUUUGAACAUAAACAUCUUUUUCAAGUGGGAAAAAAAAGCUUUAUUGUAUAAGAGCUUAUCUAAUCCUGUUUAUUUUUUUCAGUGUUUUUCUGUAAUACAUUUGUAAUAUCAAAGAAUACUCCGUUUUAAGUAGUAACAGAAGUAUACUAUAAAGUGUAGUGUGCGGUUAAUCAAUUCUGUUUCCAUAUUUAAGCACUGGGAAGGGAAAUGGUCUCUGACCUGAGAGAGAAGCUUUAGUGCCUUCGUUCUAGACGUGGGCUGUGGCUUUAGAAUCUUUUAUUGGCAGGUUACUUAUUUCCACUCUGAUUUAUUUUCAUGAUCUGCAACUCCAGGUGUAUAAGUGUGUGUGUGAGUGUGUAUAUGUGUAUAUAAAUAUACAUAUGAAUAUGUGCUCACCCCAUGUGCUGAGAAAUCAGUUAACAUCCUAAGUGACCUAUAGGGUAUACGCUGGUAUAAAGCAGAUUGUGUAUCUUGUAUGUCCUACAAAAUUGAAUUUAUGUUCAGUGUCUUGGAUAUAUACAGCUUGUACAUUAUUUCAUCUGUCAUUUAGAGUUAAUUAAAUGUUGAUGCAUUA